AUGACAUCACCCCGCCCGCGCCCUCCUACGUCAUCCCUGACGACUGCCCUCGCCACCCAUUGGGCAACGCCACCGCCGGCACCCGCCCGUUGCCUCGCCUCUGCCUAUAAAAAGGCCCCUUGCUCCCUCCUCUCCACUCACACCCCUCCUCUCCACUCACACCCCUCCUCUCCACCUUGCAGAACCUUCACAGAGAGCGCCUGGGCGCUCCCCCAGCCGCUGCACGCCGGCAGGGUCACCGCCACCCGUUCUCACCAUGAGUGUGACGGGCAGGUGGAGACCGUCCCCGUCGCCUCCACCUUUUUCCCUCCGCCCUGCCUUGCUUCCCCUCACUCUCCCACCCUAACCCUACCUUUUCCAACGCCCAGGGUCGCCGGAGGCCAGCACCACCGCCGUCGGCCGGAGUUCGCUGCGAGGAAACCACCUUCGGGAGGAGCUACUGGAGGAGGAAAAACAGCUGCCGAGCGCGCCCAGGGACUGCCCAACCUCACCGCCGCCACUACCCAGCCUCCGCCGGCGCCCUCCACCGCCGCAGGGUCGCCGGAGGCCAGCACCACCGCCGUCGGCCGGAGUUCGCUGCGAGGAAACCACCUUCGGGAGGAGCUACUGGAGGAGGAAAAACAGCUGCCGAGCGCGCCCAGGGACUGCCCAACCUCACCGCCGCCCCUACCCAGCCUCCGCCGGCGCCCUCCACCGCCGCAGGUAACCCCGGCCGCCCCUCUCUUUUUCUGCUCGCGUCCGCCGCGCGUGUGUGAGGAGAACGACGACCCUCUGGUCGUCCUCACCGAAGCGCUGCGUGGCCUGCAUGGCCACGUCAGCCCAUGA